AUGAGCGGUACUAGCGAUAUCCCCAAUUCUUCUCCUGAAGCUUUGGCAAAGCAAGUUGAAAUUGCUGAAAAGCAAUCUUUCCCCCCUAGCAUGCCUUCUCGUCUUCCUCAAGAAGUAUCUAGUCUUUAUGUUCCCCUCGACUCUUCUAAAGUUUCGGACGAAGAAGUUGCUGCUGUCGAUCGCUUUCAACGAGCUUGCGACUACCUGGCUUGCUCUUUGAUUUUCCUAGCCAAGGACAUUUACACUGGUGGUGAACUCAACGAGGAUGACGUGAAAACCCGACUCUUAGGUCACUGGGGUACUUGCCCUGGCUUGAGUAUUGCGUACUCCCACUGCAAUCGUAUUAUUAACAAGUAUGACUUGGACAUGAUCUUUGUCGUCGGUCCUGGCCACGGUGCACCUGCCGUUUUGGGUGCUUUGUUUUUGGAAGACUCGCUUGGCCCCUUUUAUCCCCAAUACCAAUUCACCCGUCAAGGUCUCAAGAAUUUGAUUAGCACCUUCUCAUUACCUGGUGGCUUUCCUUCACACGUAAAUGCUGAAUGCCCUGGUUCCAUUCACGAAGGUGGUGAAUUGGGUUAUUCUUUGUCCGUCAGUUAUGGUGCUGUUCAAGAUAAGCCCGAAUUAAUCGUAACCUGCGUUAUAGGUGACGGUGAAGCUGAAAGUGGUCCUUUGGCAGGUUCAUGGCAAACUCACAAAUUCUUGGACCCUGCCGAAUCUGGUGCUGUCAUCCCCAUUUUGAGUUUGAACGGUUACAAGAUUUCCGAGCGUACUAUCUAUGGUUGCAUGGAUGAUUUGGAAUUAUUGGCACUUUUCAGUGGCUUUGGUUAUCAGGUUGCUAUUGUCAACUACACUGACGAGUACAACCGCGAAAUGGCUGCCGCCAUGGAUUGGGCUGUUGAAACCAUUAAGGAUAUUCAACACCGCGCGCGUGUAAAGCGUGAACUUAUUAAGCCCAGAUGGCCCAUGAUCAUCCUUCGUUCGCCUAAGGGCAAAGGUUGCCCUAAGACCUUAAACGGCGGAUUUUUGGAAGGAACCUAUCAUGCUCACCAAGUUCCACUAAAGCUUGCUCGUAAUGAUCCUACUCAGCGUAAGAUGCUUAAAGAAUGGCUUUCGAGCUACCGCUUUGAUGACUUCUUGGACGAAGAAGGCCUUCCAACAAAGGGAAUUCGUGAAAACAUUCCUCAGGUCAAUAAGCGCAUGGGUCAACGCAUUGAGACGUAUAAUUCUUAUCAUCCUUUGACUGUAACCGACUGGAAAAAGUUUGGUGUUGCCAAGGGUGAAAAGACAUCUGCUACUUAUGUUGUGGGUAACUACUUAGGCGAACUUCUCCGCGAAAAUAAUCAGACUUUACGUGUCUUUUCUCCGGAUGAACUAGAGAGUAAUAAACUUGAUGCUGUUUUAAAAUAUACCGAUCGUACUAUGCAAACUGAUCCAACAUUAAUGGCAAAAGGUGGCCGUGUUACAGAAAUCCUUUCCGAGCACAUUUGCCAAGGUCUCAUGCAAGGUUACACCCUUACUGGUCGUACCGCGAUUUUCCCUUCGUACGAGGCUUUCAUGACGAUUGUCGUUAGUAUGUUGAUUCAAUACAGCAAAUUCAUCAAGAUGGGUCUCGAAUUACCUUGGCAUGGGAAGUUUGGAAGUUUGAACUAUGUCACUUCCAGUACUUGGGCACGUCAAGAACACAACGGAUACUCCCACCAGUCUCCUAGAUUUAUUACUACGAUGCUCUCUUUCAAGCCUGGUAUUAGCCGUGUAUACUUCCCAGCUGAUGCUAACUGCUUCUUGUCUACAUUAGCUAGAUGCAUGCGUUCUGAGAAUACUAUCAACCUGAUGGUUUCCAGUAAGAAUCCUCAACCAAGCUAUCUUUCUAUUGAAGAGGCUGAAGCUCACUGCACGGCUGGUGCUAGUGUUUGGAAAUUCUGUAGCACCGAUAACGGCAUAAAUCCUGAUGUUGUUUUGGUCGGUAUUGGUAACGAAAUUAUGUUUGAGGUUGUUAAGGCAGCUGAGAUGUUGGCAAAUGAUAUUCCUAGCCUACGUGUGCGUGUUGUUAACGUGACCGAUCUUAUGGUACUUUCUAGUUUGCAUCCUCAUGGAAUGACUCAACUAGAGUUCGAUUCCUUGUUCACCAACAACCGUCAUGUUCAUAUCAACUACCACGGCUAUGUUAUGGACAUCAAGAGCUUGCUCUUCGACCGCAUUGAGCCCUCUCGUGUUACUUUGGACGGCUACCGUGAAGAAGGUACUACCACCACUCCUUUCACUAUGAUGAUGCUCAACAACACCUCUCGUUACGAUGUUGCUAGAAAGGCAUUACAGCAUUCCACUCACAAUCCAUAUGUUUCAGUAAACUGCCACAACUUGAGUGCCAAUUACUCCCACAAGUUGGAUGAAAUUAAGGAUUAUAUCUUCAAGUACAAGGAUGAUCCUCCGGAGACUUUUGAUGUUCCGGACUUCAAGGAUAAGCGUACCAUUUAA